AUGGUAAACCAAUAUAGAAAAUGUAUUUUGGGACCCGUGAAUGCAGGCUAUAGUUUGGCUUAUUCCUCUUUAUUAAAGAAAGAUGUUGAUAGACCUUUUCUGUUUUAUCCAAAGCCGUUUCGAAGCUAUAGGGCUCGCAACUUUUUGAAUAUUUACAAGGAAGAUCCUAGUAUAUCCGACUCCCCAGAGAAGGUAGGUCAUUUAGAAUAUAAAGAACCAGAGAAGAUGUCUACCAUUGAUUGUCUACUGGUAGACUCGUGUAUCACGAAAACGCGAAAGACGAUACGACAUGUUAAGCCUUUAUUACACAAAAAUAGCUCUGUCAUUUUUUUAAAUCAAGACAUUUCCUUAUGGAUGGAAUACAAUUCUUUAUUUGAAGAUCCUUUGAACAGGCCCAAACUUUACUUGGGGAAAUUUCAGAAAUUUCCGUCCACAAAUCCAGAAAAUGUUAUACAGACUAGCUCUCUCCCUUAUUUAAGACUUUGUGGAAUGCCAGUUGGUCCAAAUUUCGACUGGGAUACGUCAAGUGUUCAAACAAUCGAUCGUCUACCAGAAAAAGUGGACCAAGCACUCGAUUUAAAUCCCAUCGGGAAAAAAGAUUUAUUGAGUCCCAAACAGUUUUUGACUGAGCAGAUUUGUGAUCUUAUAUUAUUGACGACGAAGAGCCUACCUAACCCUCAAAUGAAGCGAAAUGCCAUCUGUUCAUGGUUAGAACUAACAUCAAAGUUGCCUUAUUUCGGUCACUUAGAUAAGUCUCUCUUAAGUUUUGAUACCUUAUAUCGAUCUAGCUUUCUUAAGCCUGUAACAUUUUUGAAUGUGCCCUCAUCUAAAGCCAAAACUUCUGCAAAACAUCAAUGCAUAAAAACGCUAUUAAAAUUUGCUACUCCGUAUGCAAAUGAUGAUACGCUUCACAGUUUUAUGGGACAGUUAAUUAAUUUUUCUGUCCGUAACUAUAAUACUUUAUUUCCUUCUUUGAUGCCCGAACCUCCUCAUCAUUUAUUUUCUUCAACUAAAAAAAUUCCGUUGAUAAACGUUUCUGACUAA